AUGGAAUCUCUGCGACUGUCAAAAGCCCGAUGGCGCACAUACUGGCUGGCCGCUGUACUCUGUUGCGGCGGAGCUUUAUUCGGAUACGACUCGGGCGUCAUUGGUGGGGUCCUGACCUUCGCUUCGUUCCAGAAGUCCUUCGGCAUCACCUCCGAGCAAGAAACCCGCGUUAGCGCCAUCGCCGUGGGUAUCCAGCAAGCCGGCGCAUUGGCGGGGUGUUUCCUGAUAUGGCCCGUGACAAACCGGUGGGGACGGAGGAUAGCAAUGAUGGCCUGCUCAGUCGUCUUCUGUCUUGGCGUCGUGCUGGAAGUCAUCGACACACACUCGCUGCCGGUCUUCUACGUCGGGCGGGUCAUCUGUGGUCUUGGCGUUGGUGGUUCGGCAACCGUUAUCCCGAUCUAUAUGUCUGAGAUGAGCCCCAAGGAAAUUCGAGGCCAGCUCGGCUCCUGCUAUCAGCUCACUUAUACGAUCGGUAUUCUGGCCUCUUACUGGAUUGAUUAUGGCGUCAAGGCUAUGCCAGCUACCUCCAGGCAGUGGCAGCUACCAAUCGGUCUACAACUUGUCCCGGGAUUCCUGAUGGGAGUAGGAAUGCUCUCGCUCGACGAGAGCGUGCGCUGGCUACUGGCGCACGGGAAAACAGACGAUGCAUGGCGCAGUCUUGUCUGGAUCCGGGCGGGAGACAGCGAAGCCGUGAAUGAGGAGUUCAACGAGAUGUGCCGCGGUCUUGAAGAGGAGCGACACGCCACGGCUGGUUUCCGUUUGCGCGAGCUCCUAGAGGGCCCGAACAUGCAUCGCUUACUGAUAGGUGCAGGGAUCUUUCUCGCACAGCAGUCGACUGGUUCGACGGCGUUGGCGUAUUUCGGUCCGCAGUUCUUCUCGUUGCUCGUUGGGCCCGGCGAUAAAAAUCUUCUAUUGACUGGUAUAUUCGGCGCUAUCAAAGUUGCCGCUUGUCUGAUAUUCGUGCUUUUCAUGUCCGAUCGCUUCGGACGGCGUCCCGUGCUGGCAAUGGGGGCGUCGUUCAUGGCAGUGUGUAUGCUUGCUACGGCAGGUGUGGUCAAGAAUUACCCGCCGCAAGAUGGGGUGAUUUCUUCCGCGGGUAUCGCCACCUUGGCUCUGAUAUACCUCGAUAUAAUCGCGUAUAACUUCAGCUGGGGUCCUCUGCCCUGGCCGUGUACAAGCGAGAUCUUCCCCACGCGUAUCCGCGAGCCGGGUGUGGCGUUCGGCGUGGGUUCGCAGUGGCUCUUUAAUUUUGUGUGGAGCUUCUCCACGCCAUACAUCAUGGAAGGGAUUGGGUGGGGCACUUUCUUACUUUUUGGUGUUCUGGAUAUUUUCAUCGUUGCAUUUACGUUCUUCUGUCUUAAGGAGACAGCGGGCAAGACAUUGGAGGAGAUAAAUGAAAUGUUCGAUGGGGUGGACCCCGAUGCGGAACAUGGUUGGAAAGGCGAUGUCUUCGACGAAACGAGCGGCUCGGAUGGCCGUGAGAACUUGAACAGCCCAGAGCAGUUCCUGGAUCGCAACGAUUCCGUGAUCACGGCCAAAUCGGACCAGUCCAAGCAUGGGCAUACACAUGUUGAGUCGACCGCUAGGCGGGAUUGA